CUAUUUAAACUAUUCGUCCCCUCUUGUUACUCUCAAAAGACAAAAAGUAGAAUUCCAACUUUUUAUUACUAAUUCUUAUCAUUCAAACAUGGCCUUCUCCUCCUCCACUGCUCAAACAGCUUCACCUCUAUCCUCCAAACAUUGCUGCCGCCUCUCGUCCUCCGCCGCCUCCUCCGCCUCUUACUUCCCUAAAUUCCAAAUACCCUUCAAAUUCGACAAAACUACAUCUUGCCCUUCCUCAAUUUCCUGUGUCCUUACCAAACAGGAAUCAAUGGCGGCUCAAGAGGCUGCUGAACCAGCGGUUCUCCUGCGUCCCGAUUCGUUUGGCCGGUUUGGUAAAUUUGGCGGGAAAUACGUACCUGAAACCCUAAUGCACGCUCUUGACGAGCUUGAGACCGCCUUCAAAUCGCUCGCUACCGACGAAGCUUUUCAGAAAGAGCUAGAUGGAAUAUUGAGAGAUUAUGUAGGCAGAGAGAGCCCUCUUUAUUUUGCAGAGAGACUUACUGAGCACUACAAACGUCCAGACGGCGAAGGACCAUUGAUCUACCUGAAAAGGGAAGAUCUUAACCACACGGGUGCCCACAAAAUCAAUAAUGCUGUUGCCCAAGCUUUGCUUGCCAAGCGCUUGGGCAAGAAACGCAUCAUUGCUGAGACAGGCGCCGGUCAGCAUGGUGUUGCUACUGCUACUGUUUGUGCUCGCUUUGGUUUGGAAUGUAUUAUCUACAUGGGUGCUCAAGAUAUGGAGAGACAAGCACUAAAUGUCUUCAGAAUGCGGCUGCUUGGAGCUGAGGUUAGAGGAGUCCACUCCGGGACUGCUACGCUCAAGGAUGCCACUUCAGAGGCUAUAAGGGAUUGGGUUACAAAUGUUGAAACAACUCAUUACAUACUUGGAUCUGUUGCAGGACCACAUCCGUACCCCAUGAUGGUAAGAGAGUUCCAUGCGGUGAUUGGUAAAGAAACAAGGAAGCAAGCAUUGGAAAAAUGGGGCGGGAAACCAGACGUGCUUGUUGCAUGUGUUGGUGGAGGCUCAAAUGCUAUGGGACUGUUUCAUGAGUUUGUUGAUGAUAAAGAUGUUAGGUUGAUUGGGGUAGAGGCUGCCGGAUUUGGUAUAGAUAGUGGAAAACAUGCUGCAACUUUGACUAAGGGAGAGGUCGGAGUACUGCACGGAGCUAUGAGCUAUCUGCUGCAAGAUGAAGAUGGGCAGAUAGUUGAGCCCCAUUCUAUCAGUGCCGGAUUGGAUUACCCUGGAGUUGGGCCAGAGCACAGUUUUUUGAAAGAUUUAGGACGAGCAGAGUAUUACAGCAUUACAGAUGAGGAGGCUUUAGAAGCCUUCAAGAGAUUAUCUCGGUUAGAGGGCAUUAUUCCUGCCCUGGAAACAUCUCAUGCACUGGCUUACUUGGAGAAGUUGUGUCCAACUCUACCCAAUGGAACUAAGGUGGUGCUCAACUGCAGUGGCAGAGGAGAUAAGGAUGUUCACACAGCUAUUAAUUAUUUGAAGGUUUAAUUGAAUCCUUAUGGAUUUAUUGUACUUUAGGAAAUUGAGUGAAACAAGUUUGUUGUACUCGCUGUACUUUAGGAAACUGAGUUAAACACAAGUUUAUUGUAUGGCCAAAUGCCCUUCUGAUGAAUAAAAACUGAGUUAAACAGGUUUAUUGUAUGGCCAAAUGCCCUUCUGAUGAAUAAAGAUUUUUCUUGAAAA